UUUUGCAUAAAAAGAAGAGCCACAAAGAAGAAGUGCGGGCGUGGAAAUAAGUUUGUCUUAUCUUUAAUCAUUUCUAAAAGCUAUUUUAUUGCACCUAGCAACAGAAUCAACAUGUCGACCAGGAGAGCAUCGCACGCAGGAAGCUGGUAUACAGAUUCAGGCUCGGAUCUCUCCAGGCAAUUGGAUCGUUGGCUGGCAGCUGCGGAUCUUUCGCAUGGACCGGCACGUGCUAUUAUUGCGCCGCAUGCAGGAUAUGCGUAUUGUGGUGCGUGUGGUGCAUUUGCGUAUCGCCAAGUGAGCCCAGUUGUUGUUAAACGCAUUUUCAUAUUGGGUCCAUCGCAUCACGUCCGGCUUCGUGGAUGUGCGCUUUCCGUGGCGAAAAAGUGUAAGACGCCGUUGUAUGAUCUCAAGAUUGAUACCGAAGUCAAUGCGGAACUGGAAAAGACGGGUCAAUUCUCUUGGAUGGACAUGAAGACGGACGAGGAUGAGCACUCCAUUGAAAUGCAUUUGCCUUAUAUAGCUAAAGUAAUGGAGGACUUUAGAGACCAAUUUACCAUAGUGCCUAUAUUGGUGGGUUCUCUGAAUCCUGAUCAGGAGGCACAGUAUGGCAGCCUUUUGGCCCCAUAUUUUAUGGAUCCAACCAAUCUAUUUGUGAUAUCUUCCGAUUUUUGCCAUUGGGGCCAACGUUUUAGUUACACAUAUUAUGACCGCUCCUGCGGUCCCAUUCACAAAUGCAUCGAGCAGCUGGACAAGCAGGGCAUGGAUAUCAUUGAGACGCUGAGUCCUGCCGCAUUUACAGAGUACUUGCGCAAAUAUAAUAAUACAAUAUGCGGUCGUCAUCCCAUUGGAGUCAUGCUAGGGGCUGUCAAAGCCCUGCAGGUUCAGGGCUUUAAGAAUAUGAGCUUUAAAUUCCUCAAGUAUGCGCAGAGCAGUCAGUGCAUGGAUAUGGAGGAUUCCAGCGUGAGCUACGCUUCCGGCUCACUCAUAUUUGAGAACUAAACAAAAGUAUUUUUUUAACAGCUUGAUUUGUUUCAUUGAAUUAAAGCUAUAACUCCACAUUAAUAAUAAUCAAAAUAAA